ACAUAAACUUUUAUACAAUGUUAUCAUUUAAAGUCUUGGAGGCGGCUGAGCUGUGUAUAGUACAUAUGCUCAUUCCAUAGGGACAUCGACCAGUUUCAUCAGCAAGACCUGUUACUGUUAGAAUAUCUUCAAUGGCAAAGAAACCUGUGAAAUACUACGUGGUGGAUGCAUUCACAGAUUCAGCAUUCAAAGGGAAUCCAGCAGCAGUGUGUUUACUAGAAGAAGAUAAAGAUGAUGAAUGGUUGCAAUUAGUAGCUGCUGAAUUCAACAUCUCUGAAACAUGUUAUUUGACUCCUAUUCAUGGAACCUCUAUUCCUCGUUUUGGUCUUAGAUGGUUUACUCCUGUUGCUGAGGUCAAUCUUUGUGGCCAUGCCACACUAGCAGCUGCACAUACACUACUUUCAUCUGGUUUGGUGGACAAGAAUGCUAUUGAAUUUGUGACACGAUCUGGAAUUUUAACUGCGAAGAGGACCGAUGUCACUAGUGCACUGAAUUUGCAGAACGGUGAAGCUCCGGUUGGAUUUUAUAUUGAAUUGGAUUUUCCUGCUGACCCUAUUGCAGAAUUCAAUUCUAAUGACACUUCACUCAUUUCUGGAGCAUUGAAUGGUGCUUCCAUUAUUGAUAUAAAGAGGACAACAAAUGGAGAUAAUUUACUUGUUCUUGUCACAUCUGGAGAAAAUGUCACAGAAGUACAACCACAAUUUGAUGCAAUUGUUAAAUGUCCCGGGAUGGGGAUAAUUGUUACAGGGAUCGCUCCUCCAGAGUCCGGAUUUGACUUCUACAGUCGAUAUUUCUGCCCGAAACAUGGAAUCAAUGAGGAUCCUGUUUGUGGGAGUGCACAUUGUGGCUUGGCACCCUAUUGGAGCAAGAAGUUGGGGAAGUGUGAUUUAAAGGCUUAUCAGGCAUCAGCUAGAGGGGGAAUUCUCAAUAUUCAUAUUGAUGAACAAAAACAAAGAGUUUUUUUGCGUGGGAAGGCUGUUACAGUGAUGGAAGGAUCUGUUUUGGUCUAGUCCUAGUCCUAACAUUGCAGUCAAAUACAUGCACCAAUACAUGUAAUAAUUACUAUCAGAUGAUAAAAUUGUUAUUGGAGCACUUAAUUAUUUUGGUCUAGUCCUGAGCAUUUUGUGUAUUUGAUAUACACAAAUCUUGGUUUGAGUGUUGUAGGAUUUAUUAAGUUGAAUAAAUUGGUCUGGUGAUUGCUUUUGAGUUGGCAUCAUCUAGUGGAAUAGUUGUUCAUAUUCAUCCAAUGCAUGAGCAGAUAAAAAUGAUAUUGAUGUUUGGAAACCUUGUUAAUGUCAUGAAUAGAUGUCGUCUAUUUGAA